GAAAAACGUGGAACAAGUACAUUACGCUGAAAGAAAAGUACGAUGCUAUGAUAAAGGAAAAACGUUCUAAAGGUAUUCAAUGCAGUAUACUUUUAGACAAUGACGACCAACAUAAAGGCAAAAUAUCAAGAACAGCAACUAUGUUUGACUCUGAGCCUGAAACCGGCGGUGAUGACACUGAUACAACGGGAGACGAAACCACAUGCACAGAAGAUGAAAAACAGGAAACAGGAAAUGACGCUCUUCAUUCCGAAGAGGAUAUGGAAUCUGACCAAGAGAGCGAUGCUAAAAAUAGGGAUUCCCUUGGCAGUGAAAAUUUCAUACCCAAAGUUUAAAGACGGUCAGGCCACUGUGAGAGAUGUCAAAAAAAACCAAAAUUUUGAAUACGUUGACGACAUCUACCAAACAUUUGUUCGGGCGUAUUCACAAAAACAACUUGCAGAAGCAUGCGUUGCACUAGAUGCCAUGACACCAGAACCGAUGAACACCAUGUUCGAAAAUAAAGAAGAGAGAAUGUUGGCUGUGGAAAAACAAAAGGCUAGAAGAAGCCUUGUUGUUGAAAACGUACCAUCAACAACACCAAUUUCAGUAGUUCUUGCACAAGAAGAGGCUGCAAAAAUUGCUAAGUCAGCUAAAAGAGCUCCUCCGAGAUGCGCAGUUUGCAAGAACCCGAUGAAAGGGCACAAAAAGAUAAAAGACUGCCCGAAAAAUCAGAAGCCGUCCCAGUAG